GAACAGCUAUCGGGAAAUCAUCGGAUGAUGACAUAAGUACGGUUAUACAAAAUACAUAAUACCUGUACGCGCCUGAGCUGGCAUUAUCCUACACGUAGACGUCAUUAAUUCGUCACUGCAUAACUACCUUAGCACAUUACCACCUAAACACCUAAUGUACUAACAAUUAUCAAAGUUAUUAUUAUUGUUUCUUGUUGCCAUGUCCUACGACGCGUUACCAUUUCAACCACGAACCCGAAAAAGUGGGAGGAAGAGAUCCUUCAUCCACAGGACUACGUUCAAGAUCAGUUAAUAGACUGAACUAGAGAACAAUCAUGUCCUCAUGUUUUGGAUUUAGAAAAAAGGGCACCGAUCCCGAGCAAGAACCUCUCCUCUCUCAAUAUGAGCAGGACACUCACCUACAGAGGGAGCUAUAUCGCAAGCUUCAUAGCUAUCAGAUGCUAAACGCCCUCACUAAGGGAUAUAUGCCAAGCACCGAACAGACCAUCGUCAAUCUCCGUACUCUUCUGGCUAGCGACAUACUAAAUCCAGAGAACCCCGAUUUAUCCAAUAGCGGUCGCCGAUUGGUUCGUCUAACCAAGCUAUGGCUACAACAGUUCAUCGCCCUUCUACAGCAUAAAAACGGCAAAGAUCAACUUCAGGAUCUUGUCUGGUUCUUAUCCAAGAGCCAAAUCUCUGUCGAUGUCGAUGAUCUUACCUCGAGAGUCAAGAAAACCAAGGCCAAGGCCGAUAUUACUGCAGCCUAUCAGAGUGUUCAGACUGUCGGAUCUCUUCUGCUAACAAACCCCGAUUUCCGAACAUUUCUUGGAGAUCUCAGUGUAGUCGGUCGGGAAGUCUUCAGAGACUCGGCUUUUGCUUUGAGUAGUGCUGCCAAAGAGGUGGGCGAACAUAUAGAACCUUCUGAAGAGGAACAACAGCUCUCUAGUCAGCCUCCAACAUCACAGUUUCUAGAAGACGAAUUUGAGGAUGCGACCCAGGUCGUUUCAGACCAGGCUGCUGAAGUUGCAAGUACCACAGUCGAAAGUGUUAAGGACAAACUUUCCGGCGAUGAGGGCCAUGCACUCCUGAAACGAUUACAGCAAGUUGUUGUCAACCUUCGAAAACGCAAAGACUAUUCCGACUCCGUGUCUACGCUUUCGUUACUCAUCAAGCGCUACGCCAUAGUCUACUCCCAGGCAGCCGAAGAGGUAGUCGAAGCAGCCCAGAACGAUGUCCAGGAAAAUCCAGAGACAGACCGUGCCUUAACAAACCUGUGGGAGUUUGUGAAGAGCUUUGGUGACAGCAAUGAAUGGGACACGUGUGAAACACUCUUCAAGAAGGUUAUGAGUCAUAAGGACCAGGACCCCGAGUUUGAGGAAUUAUUGCAAGACAUCGGAGAUAGCUUGCAGAAGCUUCUCACCGACCCAGAAUUCUUCACGAACGCCGAGGAGAAGCUUAAGGAAUUGAGAGAAAAGAGCAACAGCGUCGGAUCAGAGAGCGAUUUACGACAAGAUGUCGAUGAACUCUUACAACAACUUACAAUCACAUUCCAAAGUGUCGCCAGAGACAAGGACAUUUCGGAUCUAACAACGACUACCCUCCGUAUCCUUAGCGUGAUUUCUCCCGUAGACUCGGCGACGAACUCCGAAUUGAUUCAGGAUGCACUUGGUGUAUUCAUUCCCCUUCUCAUCACAACCGUUCAACAUGUGCCUAUUCCCCGCCUCGAAGUCAGUACGCCGGCAAUGGAUCUCCUACUCGAAAAUCUGAUCAUCGAACCUGGUGCGACUGUGAACAACACGUCAUUUCUCCCUUACAGGCUAAAGAUCGAGAAUUACAACGACGUCGAGAUACGAAAAGCCCGCUUCCGAACCAACGCUAGCACGAAAAAUCUCAUGCUUAUCAAGAUCGAUGGUCUCUCUGCACGUGCGGAUGAAGUUGGCUUCUGGCUACGCGCCCAUAGCGGUUUGUUCCGCCUGGCGGACGAGGGUAUUGCCAAUUUUGCAUUGGAUGAACGUGGCAUCGAUAUUCAUCUCGAGGUUGAAAUAUGCCGCGAGCGUCUAGAACAUAUUUUAACGCUACGAAGAGUGCGCGUGAGGGUGCAUAAACUGAACUAUAAGUUCCGAAAGAGCAAGCUCUCUUGGUUAACCUGGCUCAUCAAACCAAUCCUUCGUCCUAUCCUCAAGGCAACUAUGGAAGCCCAACUUGCUACCGCUAUUGCCGAUCUACUCCAUGCUGCGAAUCGUGAGCUGUUGUUCGCCCGAGAGCGUCUGCGCGCCACGAGAAUCGCGGAUCCGAAAGAUUUGUGGACGUUCGUUAAGGCUGUCGCGGCGAGAUUAGUACCUGAAGAGAAUCCAGACCUCUACACCAGAGUAGGUGUCGCACAACCAGGCCGUGGCAUCUUCAAGGGUGUUUACGCACCCGGAAGUGUCGUCAAGAUCUGGAACGAAGAAGCUGCCCGAGCUGGGGACCGUGUCGAGCAGUUUGAGGCAGGUGGCUGGAGAAACGACGUCUUCAACACCCCCGUCGCUCCUCUUGCCUAAGCAAAUUUCACCAACACAGUCCCCAUUACCCCAGUUACGUAGCGAUGUGGCGUUUUUGGAAGGUUUUUUUUUAGGCGUAUCAUAAGAAUCGAUGUCUCGCAGGCGAAUCACUCAUUGUAUUUUACAUGUCUAGCUCUUUGCACUGACUUGUCUUUACGUAUAUAGG